AUGACAAGUAAUGGUGAGAAUGAGGAACAUACUGAUCAUGGUUUCGGAACCCAAGAUCCGGCAGAGCAAGAGAUAUCUUGUAGGGCUUGCCCGGUCGUUAUCCUGCGAAAUCCCUACAAAGUGGAGAAAUUUAAAACGUCUACCUUGAGGAUAGGCACUUGGAACGUCAGAAGUUGGUAUGAGAGUGGGAGAGUGCAUAACACCAUCAAAGAAAUGAUAAGGCUCAACAUUGACAUCAUGGGGGUGAGCGAGACACGUUGGCCAAAUAGUGGCGAAAUUGCCAUUCGAGAUCACAUUGUCUUUUACUCCGGAAAUAACGACCCACUACACUGGAAUGGCGUAGGGAUAAUAAUCAACAAGAUGUUGAAACCAUACGUUAGAAGCUUUGUGCCAUAUUCUGAUCGCAUGGCACUGAUACAACUGAACUCAACCCCACGCAAUAUAAACAUCAUACAAAUAUACGCGCCAACUGCAGAUAAGGAUGACGAUGUGAUCGAAGACUUCUAUGAACAAUUAAGCCAGUUAAUGAAAUACACCAAAAGCAACGAAGUUACAAUGAUAAACGGGGAUUUCAAUGCCAAGGUUGGCAGAGGAAGAGAAGAUGACAUAAUCGGAGAUUACGGGUUGGGAGAGAGGAAUCAGAGAGGUGAUCGUCUUGUGGAGUUUUGUAGAGAAAAGAAACUGGUUGUUUGCAACACACUUUUUCGAUUGCCCACUCGACGAAUUUAUACAUGGAGAUCACCUGCAGACACAAAAGAUAGAAUAGUUCGAAAUCAAAUAGAUUAUGUUACAAUUGAUAAAAGAUUCCGUAAUUCAAUCAUGUCAGCCAAAACUUAUCCUGGAGCUGACAUCGCUUCUGACCACAAUCCGGUAAUAUGUCAACUGAAAGUGAGACUGAAGAGGGUGAGCAGUGCAAGGAGCAGUAAAAGAAUGGACAUGAGAAGACUUCAAGACCCUACGUAA